AUGGUACGUAUAACUGAUAGUGGACAUUUACGACGGCGUAUCUACAAAGGUACGAUGUCCUGCAGGAAUCAGCGUAAUGAUGAAAAAAAUCAAGAAUUUCAGGUAAAGGUUGGAGUCCAUCAAGGAUCGGCACUCAGCCCGCUACUUUUCAAUCUCGUGAUGAACUAUCUGACGGCUCAAAUCCAGCAACUUGCUCCCUGGAGCAUUUCGUACGCAGAUGACGUCGUCCUCAUUGAUGAAAAUCUGCUCACCUUGCAAGCGACCUUGGAAAAGUGGAGGUCAUCAUUGGAAAACGCAGGCCUUAAGAUCUGUAGAAAGAAAACCGAGCACUUCUCCAACUCAACCGCAACUACCUGUACAACAAACCUCCAAGGCUCCACCCUAAGAACAGCAGAACACUUCAAAUACCUCGGUAGCGGUAUAGACGCCAAUAUCACACACCAUAUAAACACGGGUUGGCAAAAAUGGAGAGUUCUGACAGGCGUGCUUUGCGAUACACGAGUGCCAAUUCGCGUUAAGGGCAAAGUUUAUAAAACGGCAGUAAGACCCGUUAUGACCUACGGCGUAGAGUGCUGGCCUGUUAAGAAACAGCAGGCUAAUAAAAUGCAUGUUGCGGAUAUGAGGGUGCUCAAGUGGUCUGCAGGCGUUACAAUGCUAGACAAAGUGCAAAACCAAUACAUCCCAAAUAGCUUCAAAAUCCAAUCCAAGACCAAUACAACACAAGCUCAUGGAGUCAUGCCUUCGUUGGUACGGCCACGUCAUGAGAAAACCUGA